AUCCGUGAUGCCAGCGCCUAAAAAUAACGCGCACUCCAGAAAGGUACCUGGUGCAAAGGUUAACAAAGGGCCAAAAAAGAAAAAGGAUGAGGAAGAGGCUGUGGAUGCGGCUGAUGGAUUAGAUGAGUGUCCUGAAGCAAACAGGCCAGAAGAUCAACUAGAGCUCACUGAGGCUGAGCUAAAUGAGGAAAUAACAAGGAUCCUGACUGCUGUUAACCCACACGCUCCACAAAAUAUCGUUCGCUACAGCUUCAAGGAACGUUCCUAUAAGCCAGUCGCUGUGGAUCAGAUGGCGGUUCUCUUUGAAUUGGAGGGAAACCUUUUGCAUCAAGACUCUGAUGAGGCUCGAAGACUGAGAGUCAAACAGGAACUGCUUAAGGAAAAUGCAACACUUGACACAGGAGUUGAAUAUGAUGACGUUCGCAUGGAAACCCCGGCUACACCUGCUGAGGACAGACGGGAGGUAGAAGAAGCUGGAGAGGAAGACAGACCAGACAGUGCUGCCUCAAAAGCUGACAAGAAAGAACCAAAACUUAGAAAUCAGUUCAACUUCAUUGACAGGGCCUUCCAGACUCUAAAUAAUCCUCAGAGGGAAAUAAUGUGCCAGACUGAACCCCCUCCACGCAAAAACUUCUCUGCCACUGUUAAUCAGUGGACAAUUUAUGAUGCAUAUGUUCAAGAGUUGCAGAAGCAAGAAAAAAAUAAGGAGAAGCAGAAAACAGAACAAUCAAAGAAGGAUAAUGACAAAAGCAAGAAGAUGGUUCUGACAGAAACAGAGACUGAUGAUUUCACUAAAGUGGCCAAGAUCUUUGAACGAAUGAUACAUCAAAAUACAAUGGGCGACAUAGCACAAGAUUUUAAAUACUUUGAGGAUCCCGCUGAUGAGUUCAGGGUCCGGGAGGGCACCCUGCUGCCUUUGUGGAGGUUUCAGUAUGGCAUGGCCAGAAGAUCGAUUGUUACUGCCCUCUGUUGGCAUAACAAAUAUCAGGACUUGUUUGCUGUGGGAAUGGGCUCAUAUGAUUUCAGUAGACAGGGACAAGGCAUGCUUCUCUUCUACUCACUGAAGAACUCUGCUUUCCCUGAGUAUAUCUACCCUACAGCUUCUGGAGUUCAGUGUCUCGACAUCCAUCCACAGCGCUCCUGUCUGGUGGCCGUCGGCUUCUACAACGGCUGUGUGGCUGUUUACAGUUUGAAAGAGAAGGGACAGGAGCCUGUUUACAAAAGCACUGCAAAGUCUGGCAAGCACACAGAUCCUGUCUGGCAGGUGCGCUGGCAGAAUGAUGAUAUGGACACUAACCACAACUUCUAUUCUGUAUCAUCUGAUUCCCGAGUUGUGUGUUGGACUCUAGUCAAGAAUGAGCUUUUCUAUACAGACGUUAUCAGACUGUCUGUGAAUGAUGCUCUCUCUUAUGGAUUAGAGGGGGUACAAAGGAAAACAAUCACUGGUGGUACAUCAAUGGACUUCCAUAAACAGAUCGAUUAUCUGUUCUUAGUUGGUACAAAAAGGGGGAAAAUACACAAGUGCUCCAAAACCUACUCAAGCCAGGUCCUGGAGACCUAUGACGCCCACACCAUGGCAGUAGAUGCUGUAAAGUGGAACCACUUCCAUCCAAAGGUCUUUAUCUCCUGUAGUUUUGACUGGACUGUAAAGAUCUGGGACCAUACCAUCAAGACUCCAGUGUUGACGUUUGAUCUGAAAGCUGCUGUUGGAGAUGUUGCCUGGUCUCCAUACUCUUCCACUGUCUUUGCUGCUGUGACAAUAGAUGGAACGGUUCACGUUUUUGACCUCAGCGUCAACAAAUACGAGGCGCUCUGCCAGCAGAUAGUGGUGGACAAAAAGAAAACCAGGCUGACGCACAUUGAGUUCAACCCCAUCCAUCCCGUCAUCAUAGUAGGCGAUGACCAAGGCUACGUCAACUGCCUGAAACUCUCUCCUAACCUCCGCCAGAAGCCCAAGAACAAGAAGGAGCCGCUUAUGGGUCCAGCAGCAGAAGUUGCCAAGAUGGAGAAGCUUCUAAGCCUGCUCAGAGAACCAGAGCCGAGCCCAGUUUAA